UGUCUGUAAGAACACUAGGAUCUCAGUUCUCAGUUGACUAACUAUUGUUGCACCCAUAAAAAUCUGUCAGUUUAAGCUAGAGAUAUCUGUUUUGUUGCAUGGGCUGCGUCUCAAUCCACUUAAUCAGCCUAUGUCGGCCUUCCACAUAUGUGGUGGACGUUUUGGCCUACUAACUAAUAUGACCCCUCUAUAGAAAGAUGAGACUCUCACAAAGCCCAGUAGGACUGGUAUGAAGGUAACCUGGUACCGGUUUAAAAAAUGAAUGGAAGUCCUCAUCUUUCUUAUAUCUCCUAGAUAUAGGACAGACACUUCCAAACCUUAUUCCUUAUGAAACAUUUUUUUUCUCUGUUUUUCCAUAUCUUAGCUUAGUAGAACCCAUAAAGAUGGAUGGAUGAUUUUUCAGCAAUAAUGCAUCCAGGUGAAACAGGGGAUGAACUUCAGAAGCUCGUCGUAUGACGUGAAGUCGGGGCUGAAGAUAGCGGUGAAGAAGCUGUCGAGGCCGUUCCAGUCCGUCAUCCACGCUAAGAGGACCUACAGAGAACUACGACUCCUCAAACACAUGAAACACGAGAACGUGAUCGGCCUGUUGGAUGUGUUUACGCCCGCUACCAGCCUAGAGGAGUUCAACGAUGUGUACCUGGUGACCCACCUGAUGGGGGCGGACCUCAACAAUAUUGUCAAGUGUCAGAAACUGACGGACGACCACGUUCAGUUCCUCAUAUACCAGAUCCUCCGGGGUCUCAAGUAUAUCCAUUCAGCAGACAUCAUCCACAGAGAUCUGAAGCCCAGUAACUUGGCAGUGAAUGAGGACUGUGAGCUCAAGAUCCUGGACUUUGGUUUGGCGAGACACACGGAUGAUGAGAUGACGGGUUACGUAGCAACCAGGUGGUACCGCGCCCCAGAGAUCAUGCUUAACUGGAUGCACUACAACAUGACAGUUGACAUCUGGUCGGUGGGCUGCAUAAUGGCGGAGCUGCUAACCGGAAGGACGUUAUUCCCCGGCACCGACCAUAUUAACCAGCUGCAGCAGAUCAUGAGGCUGACAGGUACACCCCCGGCCUCUGUCAUUAGCCGGAUGCCCAGCCACGAGGCCAGAAACUACAUUAACUCCCUUCCCCAGAUGCCCAAGAGGAACUUUGCUGAUGUGUUCAUUGGCGCUAACCCACUAGCGGUGGAUCUGUUAGAGAAGAUGUUGGUUCUGGACACUGAUCAGCGGAUCACAGCGUCAGAGGCCCUGGCCCACCCCUACUUCUCCCAGUACCACGACCCAGACGAUGAACCAGAGUCUGAGCCAUACGACCAGAGCUUUGAGAGCCGUGAGCUGGAGAUAGAGGAGUGGAAAAGGUUGACCUAUGAGGAGGUUUGCAGCUUCGAGCCCCUGCCAUUCGACGGAGACGAGAUGGAGUCCUGAGGGAACUAGGGUGAUGUCAUUGAUAAUCUUCUGCCUUCUCCUUCUCUUAUGGAAUUGUGUUGAGGAGGAAGUGGCAUGUAGACAUUGAACUCAGACCAGUUAUGCGUUUCCUCCCCUAAUGGUUUAGGUUAGGAUCUGGGAGUAGGUUGAGCCUAUCUUAGAUCAGAAUUUAGAGGCAACUUCCUCCCAGAGCACACAACCUUGUGUGAGGACUAUCAACUCUCCGGACUAUUUAACAAACAAACAAAUGGGAAACCACGACAUUCAAGUGUCUGUCGUCGUUCAUUUCUGGGGUCAUUCUCGGGUUAGAGAUCAAGGGUUAAAGGUGACCGACCCCACCCUCCCGCUUGCUGUUUUAUAUUAUAUUGUUUAUGUUUUGGUUUGUGGGCCGAACUGGGGAAAUUACUUUGUAAUAUUGUAUCUACUGUUUGUGUGUUUAGAAUAUCUGUUAAGUUAGCUUCAGAUUUUCACAUGAUUUGCUAAAAAGUAUCUUAUUUAAUAAAUUCCUGGAAAUGGUACUCAGUUCAAUAUGGCAAAAACAAUCAACCACAUUAUUUAAUUUAACAAACCACUGGUACCUUCAAACAUUUAUUUAUGACUUUAGGUUGGUAGUGUAUAGCCAGAUGUUAUUUUACGUCCUUUUGGAUCGAAUUCAGUAGGAAACCCAACAGUGUAAAUCACCUCUGCCCUUCUCUGAAAAGUUCUGUCUCCACAGUCAAACUGUACUCUGUUGUUAUGCCUGCCAGUGUUUUACAUAUGUAAAUAAGGCUGCACUCUUGUAAAUAAAUGAUACUAUGCACACAGUAA